CGAAUACAAAUAGCUUUCGGUAAAGGAGGAAGAAAUGUGUCAACAUAUGAUUGUAACCGUUAUCAACAAUGUGGUUUCGAAAUGAAUCAAUAUUGCUUGUCGUGUUUAUCUAAAUCUCGUUAAUAUUACAUAGAAAAGAGCUACAAAGAGUUUACGUUAUAGGAGGAAGAAGAGAGUCAAUCCAUACUUGUAACUGUUACAGUGUGAUUACUAUACUGAAGUGGUUUCGAAAUGAAUCCGUAUCGCAUGUCUUGUUUAUUUAGAUCUUGUUAAUUUCAUAAAUAAAACGAGCUGUAACAAGAAAAAACGUUUACUCGUUUCACUAUUUGCAGUUGUUUUGAAGCCAAAAAAAAGAAAUAUUUUAUUUUAGUUACGCACAAAACUGAAAAGUAAAGUUUUUUCUUCUCAUCCAAUUAAACCAUUCGUAUUUUUGGAUUACUUGUAAGGAUUUCAGUUUAAUUCACGCUAACACUACGGUUACAUUUUGUGUAGCGGUCUCCAGUUAAAUCUAUUUUAAUCUGGAUGGUAUUCACAGGACUAUAGACACAUUCUAUAUCACACGACAGUAACAAUAUGACGUCAUUUUGGAGCCAAGAUGACCUAUGAUAUUUCAACAUUGGCAUGACGACUCCAUUGAUGACUUAGAACAAUCAUAUAGAUUACUAUGAUUUUCAAGUAACUGUUUCGGCAAAUAUAACUAUCAUAUUAGUUUCAGAUUACAUUGUAUAUGUAUUACCAAUAUAAAUACAAUCUGGCAACCAUUUGAUGGUUUGGUAGAAGAUUAUAUGAGUUAAUGACGUAAAAAGCACAUUGACAUUGUAAUGGAAAACUUAAAAUCAAACUCGCUUAAUGAAUAUUACACCAACAAAACUUAUUACGACAAUCCCCGCAACACGUCUAUAUUUGUUUUAUUAUCAUGAAACUUUAAUUGCCUCAAAAUAAAAUAUAAUUUCCAAGCCGAUUGGAAAAUCAACAAUAAAAACAAAAUGAUCACAAUUCCUAAAACCUAUGUAAUAUGUUUCAUAUCGGCAUCAUUCAAGGCAUGGAUUUAAAAUUUACAGCCAGUUUAUCACUAAGCUAAGGCAGAGGUUAUAAAUCAAUGACCGACCUGAAAGAUAGUUUGGUUGUGCCAGAACCUUGUGCUAGAGCUUGUCGUAUAAUGUAUUGAUCCAAAAGAUCUCAGCAUAAUAUAUUUUGAAGCAGACAAAAUGGCCGCUCAUUCUAGUGGUUAUUUUUCAAAUGAAUUUCUUCCUAACAUGACGUUGUUAGUAUGUUCAAUCAAGCAUGGAUUUAGUGCCUAUUAAUGUGUAAACCUGAUUUCGAUAAAGAUGUAGGCAGAUGCCUUUAAACUGCCCGAACACGAACCCCUUGAAGGACAACAUACCUGCCUACCUGGUAACUGGUAUCGGCCUCCAGGGUCAGGAGCGGCCAGACAUUCAUAAGUUACAACCAAUUGAAAAAGUGUGAUAAUGGAGAUUUAUUUCAUCUGUAUCGGACCUUUUACGUAGGACAGGGAUCACUGAACGUUAUCAUGGUGUUUGCAAGGAAAAUCAACCCCGAGGAUGCCAUCAACAUUUAUCGUGUUCACAUUCCGCACAUACAGCCUGCACAGCUUCACUUAUCACAAGAUGCCACAACACAAAGUCCAUUCGCAAUGUCUUCCACUCAGCUAAUUUUACCCAAACUAAGCCUCAUCAGCAAAUCAGCUUCUUUCUCUGAUUCAACAACUAACAACAAGUAUGGAUACAAGACCACUACAUCGGAUGAAGCAGAAACACCAGAGUCCGAUGAUGAUUUGAUGUUCGACGAGAAGAUGGAUUCCGGGAGUUCUUCAAGCCUGUCCGACUCCCUCAAUAAUGCUCUUGAAAUGCUGAACAGUUCUAGGCUUGAAGACGCCGAGAAACAACUUCUAAAACUUUAUCAACAGAUGCAAGAAAAACCAGAGGACAAUACUAAAAUCUUAGUACAGGUCUUGAACGGACUCGCUGAUGUUUGUAUUCGACGAAGUAGAAUGUGCAGGUCCAACCCGAUGGAGUGGCAAUGGCUUUGUAUGCAUGCGAUAUCCCUACUUCAGUACAAUUGUGAAGUAUGCGACUCCGAAUUGGAGGAAAACCUUGACAAUCAAGACACAGAAUGGUACACAGAGCACAAACUAGCUGCAGAAAUCAAAUGUCGUCCAUUAGAAGACAGCUUCAACAGAGCACUGUAUAAUUGUCUCAAACACGAGGGGAGAAAAUUCAUGGACCCCUUCCGGUCUUUUUCGUUCCCGAACACUCCAAGUACACCAUCUCUUGGAAUGUUUCCGCUUUCAUCGGGAAAUUGCUUUAGUCUGUAUCCAAGUAUGCACGACCGAUUAACAGGAAAAACCGACAACCAAGCCAGCGUGGAUGAUAUGAAUGUUGGUCUGGAUUGGCUUACAAAAUUUUUAGAGUACUGUCACGACAGAAUUCAAUCCAAGAACUUAGGGGAUAUUUUCAAUAGACUUUUCAAACGUAAAACUUCCUCUUCCCUUAAGGAAAAUAAUGAUGAUACUGCAAGUAUUAUGUCAGAAAGUUCGUGCAGUUCUCUGGACUGGGAUCAUGGUGAUUUACAGGGAAUCGAUGAAAUUGAUCCUAAUUCCAAAGAUUCGCCUGUGCCAGUGGUAGAUAACGCAUUCGGUUUCGAACUGGCAUCGAGUGACGUAGAUGAAGAUGGCUGGGAUUUUUUUCUGAAUGACAGGAAACACUGCAAGUUUCAGAGCGUCGUGCAAGUGUCUGGAAAUAGUAAAGGGAGAAAGGAGAGUAUACAGAACCAGAACCUGCUGGAUGUGCGUGCUUCGGAUAAUAAGUACAAAGACAAGGAAAUCAUAUCACCUCUUCAUGAGCACAGUAUAAAACUUACGUUAGCCAAAUCCUACACACGGCUUGCAGAGAAGCUUAUGUUAGAGGAGGAGUAUAGAAAAGUCGAGGUCUUGCUGGAGCAGGUCAUGGGAAUAUUAGAUGAGGUCAUGGAUGGGACAGCUGGUAUGUUACGUUUUAGUGCAAAAGUCAUGAAAAACCUAGGAACUGUAAAAUCAAAACAAGGGAAAUCGUCCGCCGGUUUAGCCCUACUAAAUCAGGCGCUAGAAACCUACCGUGAUCUGCAAGAUGAAGAAUCCAAUUUGGAAAUAGCCACCGCCCUUCUAGAACUGGGCAACGGCUAUGUGGUGGGCAAAAACAAUGACGAUGGUGUUUAUGACGAUGCAAUAUCUGCCAUUCGCGAGUUUUUCGAGAAAGACUUUUCUGAUAGUGAAAGCUCAAAUUCUAGUCCAAACAAAUCUGAGCCUUCGUCUCCACAAAAGACAGCGGAAGAAGAAAAGAACAUUGAAGAGGCCGCACAUUGCUACAAGGAAGCUCUUUCCCUCCUUCAAUGUCGGGAAAGUGACGAAAAGGACAGGAUAGUGGUAGCUAAAGCUACCAUGAGGUUAGGUGAUUGCUAUUUCAUGCAGAAAGACUAUGAUAGAGCGUUAGAAUGCUUUGAAAAAUCACUCACCUUGUUUCGUGACACCACAACUCACGGGAGAGAAUUUGUUUUGGAAAAUGCUCAUGUGAUGUGUAUGCUAGGUGUUUCAAGUUUUAUGCUGCAUAUAUAUCCUAGGGCGGCUACAGUAUUUGAACUAGCUCUUCAUUUAGUCAAAUAUGCAUCUGUUCUCAGCAGCACUUAUAUGCACGGACUUAUCAUAUCAUUUAUGGGCAUCACAUUUUACAAAAUGAAAAAUUAUCACAGAUGUGUCUCCAUGUGCUAUCAAGCGUUUGAACUUUUCUGCAAUAUGCACGGCAGCAAACUGCCUCAUCUACCAAGGCAGAAGUUAUGGAUGGUCUGCCAAGUAUUGUAUGUCAUGGGCAACUCGUACAACAUUAUCUCUCUUCACCAGAAAGCCAUCAAAUAUCUUACGGUUGCACGGACAUUGAUGAUGGCUGCCAAAAUGAGGGACCGUAGACAAUUCAUGAGAGUUCUGCAGAUUCUUGGCGAUUGUCAUUUUGCGCAAUAUGAUUACAAAACUGCACUAAGCUACUACAACGAAGCCUUAGAGUAUGGAGAAUGUGAGAGUCAAAUCUCUUUUGAUGAAGUGUUCGACCCAAACACAAUGUCGGAUGAUAUGACUAUGCAUAAUCAGUUGAUCAGCAAGUCUGCCGAGGCACACAUCAGCAUGCAGCAGUAUCAAAACGCUGUACACUACUUGGAACAAGCUCAUGACAUGCAGGAAGUUAUGGGAGAGGACAUCAAAGGCGACCUAAUCAGCACACUCUAUCAACUAGGUCACAUUCAUUCCAUGGCUGGGGAUGUGGACAAAGCCAUAGAGUCGUUUGCAGAGAGCUUGGAGGUGUACAGAGAAAUACACAAGGGUGAACUUGGACCAGAUAUGUCUGUGACCUUAGGAAACCUUGCCACAAUGUGUUACGUGAAAGCAUGUGUAUGUGAAGACAAUGAAGGAGAGCUGGAAAUGAUACUGGCGGCAGAAGAGCAUUUUCAAAAUGCUCUCAAACUAGACCAGAACCCGAGUGUUUGUGUCAAGUAUGGAAACUUCUUGUACAGUCAGGGGAAUUACGACGAUGCCAUUAUGUACUUGGAAGAUGCUCUCAAGAUUGAGGACAUAGACAUCGCGUCCGAUCUCGUGUACGGAGGCCUUGACAAGGUCACCCUGCCAGACUGUUUACAGGAUGAAGUAGACACACAGGAGGAGGUGGUAUUACCUCCGUCAGCUUUGGCAAGAUACAUUCUGAUUCUCUCUCACAAAUAUCUGCACCAAAUGGAUCUGGCAGAGAAACACCUCUUUCUCCUGCUGUAUGAAGCUCUGGAAACUGACAUUCCUAUAUUGUACUCAGUUUUAGGGUAUUCUAUGAUGGAAAUGGGUCUGUUUGAAGAAGCUAUUUGGAGUUUUGGCAUGGCAAUUUCUCUGGAGAAUGAAUACUCGCUAGCAAUAGACAACUACUGUACAUGUUUAUUGAUCUGGACAAUGCGCACACUUCAGCGGGCGAUUGAGAACAUUUGCCUGUACCAUGGAUUAUCUUGUUAUGUGUAUCUAUACUGGUGAUGUGCUCACAGUAUUGAUUUCCACGUGUUUACAAAGCUUUAUCAGCUUAUAUCGCAACACAAACUAUAAAACAAUUGCCAGUCUCAGAUGAGGUGUCAAAGUACAGACCUAUUUAUCACAGUACUAAAUGUUUCUCAUUUUUGAGUUUCAUGACGUCAUCACUUAAACGUAAAGGAAUAAUCAAAUGCCAAUAUACUGCAAUGGCAUUUUCGUAACACAAACAGUGUUGAUAGAUGAAACUCGAUUGUCACAGCUUAAGUUUUUAAAAUUAGACUUCAAAUGCAUGUUUUCCUGUUGUGAAACCUUUUGUCUCAAAAAGAUAUUAUUUCCGUUUUAAGUUGUCAAUGUUCAGGUUAUCUAAUGAUAUUUUGCAUGAAUAAGUUUUUCAAGAGCAAUGAUGAAUCAGCUUGUAAAAUAAUCUAUAUCAGGCAAUUACAUUCCUUUUUAAACCAACAUCAUUCCAUAUUUAAUCCUCGAAAUUUGAAUUCCAUGGAUAAUUCGCAUAUAAAAAAUUAUACUGCUCAUUCCAGAAAAUCCAGACACUGAAAAUGACAAAUGUCCUCGUUCAUAAAAUAUUGUACUAUUUAGAAUUUAUUUAGGAAAAAUGUGGAUAAUUUAACUUUAAACAUGAACACAUUGGCACAAAAAUAUAGGUACAGAUUAUAUGUAACAUGAUAUCUCUCAAUGUCAAGUCAAACUUGGGUAAAAUAUUUUUGGUAGUUCACAGGCUGGUUUGGGGUACAUGUCAAAAAAUUGAAAUAAAAAUAUCUACAAUAAGUACAUUGUAUGUAUUAGAAUUUUAACUUAGGCAAUAUGUGAACUGCUUUGACACGCGCGUUUGCUGUCGUGUCAAAAAUUGAAAUAAAAAGAACUACAUCAAGUAUGUAUUUGAAUUUAACUAAGGCAAUAUGUGAACAUAAAUUGUAUUAAAACAGUUUUCAUAUGAAGUAGUGACAUCUCUAAUCAGAGACACAUUUCCAGAACUUCACUAAAAGCAACUGGAUAGUAAAUAAUCAAUCAACUGAAUUUUGGUAUAAAUAUUGUACAGGCUGUUGUUUAAGUUGUUCUAUUCUAUUUUUUUCCAUUUUCGAGGAUAGAACAACAUUCCAAAUGACAGGUACCCUGAAAACAUGAAUUAUAGAGAAGCUAAAAUUUAAAAAAAUUUCUGCCAAAAAUACACAUUUUUGCUGAAAUAUUUUGUGUAAACAGCAAAACUUCUGAACUAUCGAAAAAUAUAAACAGUGAUUAACAUGUUUUAGAACUGGUUAGUGAGUUUUUAAAACAUGUGAGCCCAAUAAUCAAUACAAAUACAUGAAAUUAUCUUUUAAUCAUCAUUUUUAUCCUCCGGAUAUUACUGUGCAGCUGUUUACAUAUUUAUAAUACAUUGUAUAUAGAUUUAGCACUAGGUAGAUAUCAGUCAUUCUGAUAUAUAUGCAUUAUCUACUCAUUAGGUAAUAAGACUUCAUUUUCAUUCUUUAGAUUUAGACUUACCACUUACUCUGUAUUCAUUCCACUUAAACCAGGCACUCAAAAUAGCACCAAUAGCGUUACAAUAGUCAACAUAUCGAAUGUCUGAUUUAAUGAUGUCCUAUAUAUGUUGUCCUGAUUGGCCAGGGUUGUCCUGAUUAUUAACAUUUUUGUCAAAGUUUUAUUGAUUUUUAACGGUAAUCCUUUUAUUUUGAACGUUUAUGUAUCCACUGCAGCAACAUAUGUACUACAACAGCAAUGAGGAUUGCUAUGGUCUGCUAAACUACACUACAGGCUCUGGAAUUCUGACAGGCUGUCUUAAUUCUUAUGGUAUCAGGCAACUGCUACUCAAAAAUUUGGAGUCUGGCCAUUUUUAGCAGACUAUGUCGACACCAUCAAACAUCUCACAUGGUGGUGUCAUGUGACUAUGUCAAAACAUCUGAGUUGUUAUUGGCAAUAACUAUUGUCAAAGUGAUUGAAAACUUGUCAUUAUUAGCUAUGCCAUUAUAUUGAGAUGUGUCAGGAAUGUUCCUAUAUUAUAUAUCCCUAGAUGUGUACACUCUGUAAUAAUUACCUAUAACAUGUAUAUUGAUACAGAUACACUCAGUCAUGAUUUUGUUGUAAACAUACUGCUCUAUUGAAAUGCCAGUAUUAUUUUGUUGAUAUUGUUUUUUAUAAUUGAUAUUUUUACAUUAGUCACAUGAUUACCAUGUUAUUUAGUGAAGACAUAUUAUAUCAUAUAUUUUGCAAAUGAACUAAAGUAAUAUUACCUAUUAAGAUGUCAUAUGAUGAUGAAAAAACAUCAAGAAUAUAUAAUGUCUGCUAAUGGAUAUAACAGAGUUAGACAAUGUGAGAGGGUGAGUGUGUUUUCGUGAUACAUUUGUAUUUGUAAAAAAUGUCUAGUUAAUGUGAUAAAACGGAACAUCAAUUUAUUUCCAUUCCAUAUGAAAUUGUUAAAAUUCACCAAAAAUUACAUGUGGAAUAGAUAUUGUCUUAAUUAGUGAAUAUAUUUUCAUCAGUUUUGUGUAUAAAAUGUGUGAUGUUGAUUUAUACACCAAAUUUAUCAUCAAGUUAUAGUCUAAGAAUUUUUCAAUAGAUAUUCAGUCAUUUUUCAGGUAGAUGUGAAAAUUUUUUCAUCACUAAGAUAUUAACAGAUUUCUUAUGCGUCUUGUUGAUCUUGUUUUAGAACCCUGUAACACUGCCACCAUUUGUCGAACAAAAGUUUUGAAUUAUGUUAUUUAUUUUGUUCCACAUCAUGAAUCUCUACUGCUUUUUAAAGAUAUUUAAAUUUAAAUUCAGGUAAAGCCAAUUUUGUAUCAAAAGUCAACUGCUUGGAGGACCAAAACCUUGUCUAUUAACACAGGUUCUGAGGUUAAUGAAAUAACAUUGAAAUACUUUUUACACAGUAAGUCCCUUAACAGAAUGGUCAUGUAUUUGACAAAUCGAUAAAACUACACACCAAUGUAAUCAACUGAAGACUCUGCUUUGAAAAUACUGAUUUAUACAACAUCAAAGCAUAGAACAUAAGUCAUACUUUUAUAAAAGAUCAACAAUGGUUAAUUUAUUUUUUCUUUCUUUUAACUUUAACAUAUAAUCAUUAUCAUAUAUUUAAUGAAAACAUUUUUUCGUCUUGAGAGUAUUUUGGGUCUACUUAUGGAAGAAUAAAUUGUUAACUUUAGGAACACCAAUUGCAAGUUUUUACAGUAACAGAACCAAUCAAUAUCUUUCCGUUGAUGUCUUUUCUUUAUCUGUGUAAUAAUUUUCAAUAAAAAUGUGAAACUUUUUUUUAAAUCAUUAAGCUUAUCAUACUCUAAUGCACUUGGGUCCCCAAUUAAUCGUUUGGAGAUGUAUUAUGUAAAUAAUGCAGCUGUACAUUUUUGCCAUCUGUGAUUGAUUAUUAAUGUGAUAUUGAUGUAAAAUAUGUAUAGUUAAUUUAAUAUAAAUUUUAUGCAUCUUUUCAAUAAGAUAAUUUGUAAUUCACAUUUCUACAAUGUUUUGCUUUCUAUAUAUAUCCUUUCUACAAUAGAUUAAAGUCAUAAAAAUUGGUUCUUUAUUUAACACACAAAUUAUAAGCAAUUUUAGCAUAGUCAAACAAAAACAAAAUAUCACUGUUGUAUGCCAAAAUCAUUCACAAAAAAAUGUGUUAAAAUUUCCUAUUUUCCUUUUAAUGCUAUCAAUUUUUCAAAGCAUACAACAAUUCUAAAGAGUAAGAAAACAGUACAUUGUAUAUGUAAAAAGAUGAGAAACAAUGAAAAAUUAACUAAAACUUAUAUUUGUGAAUGAAAGAAGAUACAAUGCUGAAAUGUCAUAUCUUAAAGUAAAUAUAUACAACUUUAAUGAAAAACCAAUAAUUAUUAUCUUCACUUUGAUGUUAGAUACAAAACCAAUUGAUGUAUAAUAUUGAAAAAGUAUAAAGAAUUUUAUAUAUAACUAUAUUUCCUUUACAGGUUUUGUAAAGCAAAAUAAGCAUGCAAUGUGUGUGAUUCAGAUUAUCAAAUAAGAGAAUAAGAAGGUAGGAUGAAAUUUUACAGAUAAACUGUAUGUAUAAAAGUCAAUAAAAUAAAGAGUAACCAUAUAAAA